GAGGUGCACAGGGAUGGGGGUGCACGGAGACAGGUGCACGGGGAUGCUGGUGCACGGGGACGGGGGUGCAUGGGAACUGAGGUGCACAGGGACUGAGGUGCACGGGGAUGGUGGUACACGGGGAUGGAGGUGCACGGGGACGGGGGUGCACGGGGACCCCCGUCGGGGCAGAGCCCCCGCAGCCCCCUGACCCCCACCCCGCUGCCAGGGGGUCCGUACGGGGCCGUGGGGGUGGACGUGGCCUUCGAGCAGCUGCUGUGCCGCAUCUUCGGGGAGGAUUUCAUCAGCAGCUUCAAGGCCAAGCGCCCGGCCGCCUGGGUGGACCUGAGCAUCGCCUUCGAGGCGCGGAAGCGCGCGGCCGCCCCAUGGCGCUGCACCCCCGUCAACAUCUCCCUGCCCUUCUCCUUCAUCGACUUCUACCGCAAGCACCGCGGGCACAGCGUGGAGACGGCGCUGCGCAGGAGCAACGUGAACCUGGUGAAGUGGUCGUCGCAGGGGAUGCUGCGGAUGUCUGCGGAGGCCAUGAGCGAGCUGUUCCAGCCCACCAUCACCCGCAUCAUCCAGCACAUCGGUACGGGGGGGAGGGGGGGACUGACCCUCCCGGUGCCACCUGGGGCUGCGAGUGGGCACCCAUCGCUCCCUGGGACACCCCGAGGUGGGGAACCCCACGUGGGUACCCCCCCCACACGCACAGCCACAGCGAGCGGUGCCCACGUUGCGCCCCGCUUCCCCCGGCACCGUGUGGGGCUGAGGCUGGGAACCAUGAGCAUCCAUGGCCCCUGAGACAGAUGGGGGGGCAAGGGGGGGAUGGGGAUGGGUGAGGGCACAUGGGGUCAG